AAAUGAAAAGCAAACGAUUAUUAAUCAUAUUUUUUUUCUUCAAUUAAAAUAUAUAAACAAAUAGUUUUUUUUUUAAAUUAUAACAAAAUGAAGACCAUUUCAGCACCAGAAGCGGACAUGUUGCUCGUUUCGGAAAGCUCGCGCAAUCAACGUAAAUCAAUAAUGAAUUUUGCUCCCAAGAUCGGAUUAGCCAUAGUUGAUUAUGGGCGAUUACAAGAAAUUGAUAAUUUUUAUCUGGAUUGUCAAAAUUUUCGUGACUAUUAUCGUGAUCCUUAUAACAAAUUGCCACGACCACAGGCUUUCAAAAGGCACUAUGGUAAAUGUGGUGGUGGUAAUCGUUAUCCUGAUAAAUGCAGUGAACAACUAAUGCAACCGCCCCGUUGGGUGGCUGAAAGGCAACCAGUUAUUUAUCCAUUAAAUUAUCGUAGGCAUAUGGUUUUAGACGAAGGAAUACGUUUAGGUGGACUAUACAACUCCGAUGCUUGCACAAAAUAUAAACGUUGAAUAUUAAAAAACAUUUUAGCAUCUUCAAGAGCAUCAAAAUUUCUUAACUACUGCUUUUAAUAAUAUUCGUAAUCAUUUGUUAACCACCCAAUUUCUUUAAUAAAGGGUUUAGUCAUCAUCGUGUUA